AUGGCUCUCGAUCCGUCAAGCGGCUACGUAGCCGCACGAAAUCUACAAGAUCUUAAUGAGAUUGCACUUCCAAUAUUUAAUGUCGAGAAAGUACAGCUUCAAUUCUCCAUAGCCUCCGACUUUGUAGCGGCGCAAGUCGCGAACAAUGUUCUGGUUUUGGCACUUUCAAAUGGCAGGAUUCUCCGAAUCGACCUGGAUAAUCCUGCAGAUAUUGAUGAUAUUGACCUACCAAAAAAGACCUCGGAGGUUGGAGUGAUACGACGCAUGUUCCUCGACCCAACAGCUUCACAUUUGAUUAUAUGUACUUCGCAGGGGGAAAACUAUUACCUUCAUACACAGUCCAGGCAACCCAGGCCCCUUUCACGGCUGCGAGGCGUAUCGAUAGAAUGUAUUGCUUGGAAUCCCUCGUUGCCAACGUCUUCGACCAGGGAGAUACUUAUUGGAACUUCCGAUGGAAUGAUUUAUGAAGGGUACAUCGAAACUGCUACAGAAUUCUACCGAAAGGAGGACAAAUACCUAAAAGCGCUCAUGAGGCUUCCAGAUGGGCCUGUUACUGGACUAUGGGUGGAUCUUGUUACCGGUAGACCUGACGCUAAAGAGGUUCGACGAGUAAUGAUAGCUACACAAAGUCGGGUACUUCAUUUAAUAGGCAAGAUUGGCCGGGUCGCACAUGAGGGAGGUGCAUCAAUAUUUACACGGCUUUUCGAGACGGAACAACCCACAGUCCAUGAACUGUCCAGGAUAUCUACAACUGCAGCUUCUUCCCUUGUGGUGUCUCCUAAUCAUCCCGACUCCGCGUCCAUGGAAAGCUUGACCCCAGAUCGUACUUUUGCAUGGCUAUCAUCACAAGGUAUAUACUACGGGACAUUAAUGACUACGCCAGCAACCUCGGAUUUGGGCACAAGAUUGUUUACAGAGGCAAAAUUGUUGCCUAGAUCUCAAUUGCCAGCUUCUGAGAACUCGAUGGGUCGCAAGAAGCCAGUAUCAGACUCAAUUGACUCGAUCGCCUUGACUCAGUGGCAUAUUCUUCAUUUGAUUGGGGGUCGCGUUGUUGCCGUCAAUCGACUAGAUGACAGAGUAAUCUUUGAUCAAGUGGUCUUGGAACCUGGCCAGCAAGCACUUGGACUGUUCGCUGAUCAAGAGAAGAAUACGUUUUGGCUUUUCACUACCCAAGAAAUCUAUGAGAUUGUUGUCACAGACGAGGAUAGAGAUGUAUGGAAAGUCAUGCUGCAAACAGAACAUUUCGAUGCAGCCCUGCGUUAUGCUAGAGGCCCAGCCCAGAAGGAUGCUGUAGCCACAGCAUCUGGUGACUACCUCAUAAGCAAAGGUUCAUAUCUUGAAGCUGCAGGAGUAUAUGGAAAGAGCAGUAAACCAUUCGAACAAGUUGCACUUACAUUCGUCGAUAAUGACCAGCAAGACGCUCUUCGAAAGUACCUUCUUACAAAACUUACAACGUACAGAAAGGCCUCAAUCAUGCAGCGUAUUAUGAUUGCAAGUUGGCUGGUAGAGAUUUUCAUGUCGAAGCUUAAUUCCCUCGAUGAUACAAUCAUCACCAAAGCAGAAUUAUCCGAAAAUUUGAAUCCUACAGAGACUAGGAAUCAACUCGAUACAAUUCGAACAGAAUACCAGGAGUUUGUCACAAAGUACAAGAAUGACCUUGACAAGAAGACCACCUACGAUAUAAUCAGCAGCCAUGGCAGAGAAGAUGAGCUUCUUUUCUUUGCUAGUGCUGUAAAUGAUUACAAUUAUGUUCUCUCCUAUUGGAUUCAGAGAGAACGUUGGAAGGAGGCAUUGAAUGUGUUGAAGAAGCAGACAGCACCCGAAAUAUUCUACCGGUAUAGCAGUGGACUCAUGACGCAUGUGGCCACCGAUCUUGUCGACAUUUUGAUGAGACAUUCGGAUUUGAAGCCUCGAAAUCUCAUUCCUGCCCUACUGAAUUACGACAGACAUUUUCAAGGAUCUCUUUCACAAAAUCAAGCCAUUCGUUAUCUCCUACAUGUCAUCAAUCACCUAAACUCAACCGAUGCUGCCGUACAUAAUACACUAAUAUCAAUUUAUGCCUCUCAUCCAUCGAAAGAUGAAUCGGCUCUCCUCUCAUACCUCGAAUCACAAGGUGACGAACCAAGUUUUGAUUCAGACUUUGCUCUUCGACUCUGUAUUCAACACUCGCGAGUCCAGUCAUGUGUACACAUCUAUAGCACGAUGGGGCAAUAUCUACAGGCAGUAGAACUCGCUCUCGCACAUUCAGAAAUAGAUCUCGCCUCCCUCGUUGCCGAUCGCCCCCUUUCAAAUCCUCAGUUACGGAAGAAGCUCUGGCUUGCGGUGGCGAAAAAAGUAAUCUCUCAAUCAAAUGGAAUCAAGACGGCCAUAGAAUUUCUCAAACGUUGUGAUCUUCUCAAAAUCGAAGAUCUGAUUCCUUUCUUCCCCGACUUCGUUGUCAUCGACGACUUCAAGGAAGAAAUAUGCGCCGCGCUCGAAGAUUACAGUCGCAACAUCGAUGCCCUCAAGAAGGAAAUGGAUGAAUCCGCCCAAACAGCCACGAAUAUCAAAAUUGACAUCGCAGCGCUCGAGCAACGCUACGCUAUUGUGGAACCGGGAGAAAAAUGCUACGUGUGCACUUUACCACUACUGAGUCGACAAUUCUUUGUCUUCCCUUGUCAACAUGCGUUUCAUAGCGAUUGUUUGGGGAAGAGAGUUAUGGAUCAAGUGGGCGUGGGCAGGGCAAAAAGAAUCAGAGAGGUGCAGAUGUUGAUUAGUAAGGGCAUAGUAAUGGGUGCCAAGAGGGAAGCCCUGAUUGCGGAGUUGGAUGGGUUGGUGGCAAGUGCUUGUAUCCUCUGUAGCGACUUUGCCAUAAAACGAAUAGAUGAACCGUUUGUUACGUCGUCGGACAAUCGGAAUGAGUGGGCUUUAUAG